CCACGAUCGUACAAUAGCGGUCAUACCUGGUCCAAGCUAAAGUGGCACGAAUCUUACAAGCGCGAUAAUUGAUGUUUUGUGUUGCUGAACGAAAAUCAUUUUUACAAAGUGUGUGAUAUGGUGUAAACUGCGAGUUUGAAGAAGAAUAAUCCACCGCCACGUGCACAGAGUACACGAUCUUUUUCGCAUUUUCGCACGCGGUUUGUGAAGGUGGUCGAGAAGAAGAGUGUCAGGAAAAGUAAAUAAAAAAAUUCAAUUAUCCGCCGUGCUGCCGUUUGCAACUAUCAAACGACACCAGCGACAACACGAUAAAGUAACUAAGAACGCACGAUUCUGCGGUGUGAAAAGUGGUAAAGAGAAGCAAAGAAAACAACACACGUUAGGUGAAAGUGCAGUGGGUGGGUGUACGCAAAAAUACCCAUCUAAUUAGAUAACGUUGAUCGGAUCGGAGGAUUGUAGUCUCCUCCCUUACUGUUGGUUCUGGAAUUUAGUAUUGUGGACCCUUCUUGCGCCAAGCGGGAAGGUGUGAAAGGACCGCCAGUCUGGCUCUGUUCUGUGUUCCGGUCAAGCAUCGGUUAGCGUCGGAUUCUUCGGAUGUUGUGAACGUAAGUCGUCAGUACACUUUGCAUGUAUCAUAGAACCAGAGCUUCCUCCGUCCAUUAUCCGAUCGCUAAGAAGACCAAGGACUCUAGCAAUGGGAUGAUAAACGUGACGGAGGUUGGAGGACCACCACCUCACAUGAACGGCGGACCUGUUACUGUCCUUCCCCAGAUGAUGCCAACGCCGAUCAUUGCCGGUGCCGGCAUUGCAAUGAUGGGACACCCACAGCAGCAGCAACAACAACAACAACAACAACAGCAGGGACAACCGCCACAACAACGCCAUGUUGGUGGUGGUGGGCCACAUCAACUGCCUCCCUCGGGUAUGCAUCAUCCUCAUCCACCCGGUGCAAUAGUGUCCCAUCCUCCGGGAGCACCAUUAGUGGCGGCCGUAGGAGGAGGAGGACCGGGUGUGCCACCCCAGGCACGUCCAUCGGCUCGCGAACGCGCGAUGCACGCCGUUGAGUACUACAAAAGCAACGUCCGCAGGGCGCGGGUCGAUGCCGGGCUCGCUCGAAACUCGCUCCACGAACGUUACUCGUACGUGCAGCGGCAGAUGGUCGCAAUGGGAAAUGGCGGCGGUGGAAUCGUACCGACCAAACUGUCCCCACACAGCCACACCGACCAUCUGUACCGGAGCAAUUCGAGCUUGGAGCUGAUCCACGAUCAUGGAAGCGCCGGGCAGGAUCAUCUGCAUCCGGGUGGGACGAAUCUCCGCCGAGAGUACGGCAGCCACGGCUCGAUCGAUGUGAUAUCGUCCGAUCGUCACGCGCAUCAUCAUCACCACCAUGGAGGCCAGGGUGGAGCGGGUCCCGUUUCGGCGGCAACAACCGGCGAGAACUUCCUCACCAUGCUCCAGGAGUACCAACCGUUCGGGUUGGAUGCUUCCUCGCUGCUGUACUCGCUGAACAAACACCACGGCCACAGUCAUCACACGGGUGGAGGAGGAGCGGUGGGUGUGAACGGGAAUGGUGUCACUUCCGGUACCGCCAGUGGAGCAGAGGACGCCGUCGAUCGGGGUGGAAAUGCGAGUCCAAAGUUGCGCAAUAAGUUUCACCGUCUGUGGGGCUCGAGUGCUAAUGCCGGCGGUGGAAGCAGCAGCAACGGUUCAUCGAACGGUUCGAGCAAACAGUCCCGCCAAUCGGCCUCGGCGGCAACCGCGGCGGCUACCAAUGGCGUUUCACCUGCGGCGGCCUCGUUGGAUGAUAGUCAGUUGUGUAUGGCGUUGAAUGUGAGCGCCAGCUCCACAACGACCACCGUUUCAUCGGCGGACAUUGAGGAGCGCCAACGGAGGCGUGCCUUUGCUCACUUCGAUUGCCGCUCGUUGACGGCGAACCUGGGGUAUGCGGCGAAGCUGCGAGGUUUCUUGCUCGAGCGGCGACGCAACACGACGACCGGUGCGUCGGCGGCGGCCACGUAUGGGACGCGCUCGUCCACCCCGGACGGGGAAAGCGUGGACGAGGAUUACGGUGACGGGCAGCAGAACGAACUGUUGGAGAAUUGUCCUUUCUUCAGGAACGAAAUCGGUGGUGAGGAGGAGCGUGAGGUGAGCUUGACGAGAAUGGCAGGGUCGGGAGCGACAACAGCAUCGUCGGCGGCGUUACCACCCGGUCAACGAAGGGCGAUCCAUCGUCCGGCACUUGCGUACGGUGUAUCCGUGCUGGAGUGUGGCGCCAACGAUACGCUGUGGAAGGGCUACACUUGCCCGUAUCAGAAAGGACCCCGACCGAUCGAACAGAUCGACAACGGGGCGCUCUACUACCGGCAGUACUUCUUCGGCCAGGAGCAUCAGAACUGGUUCGGUAUGGACGAGCAUCUGGGCCCGGUCGCGAUCUCGAUCAAGCGCGAAAAACUCAACCCAAACCCAACGCAAACGCUCGCCCUGCACGGCUCGGAUGUGGCCCCGACGACCACGCACUCGAACGAGCAGUACCUGUACCGGCUGAUCGUGCGCACCUCGGAGCUGCUGACGCUGCGCGGUUCGGUCAUCGAGGACUCGAUACCGAACGCGCGCGGUACCGGCAAGCACGUCAAUACCAAAGAAAUUCUCGAGUACGUGGCGCCAGAAGUACAAAUCAACUGCCUCCGGCUGGCGGUCGGUACGCCCCAGUGCGAGCAGCAGCUGCUCAAGCUCGACGAGCAGGGCCUCACGAACAAGUACAAGGUGGGCAUUCUGUACUGUCGGGCUGGGCAGGCGUCCGAGGAGGAUAUGUACAACAACGAGGAGGCUGGGCCGGCGUUCAACGAGUUUCUCGACACGAUCGGCAAGCGCGUCCGGCUGAAGGGCUUCGAGCACUACAAGGCGGGCCUGGACAACAAGACCGACUCGACCGGGACGCACUCGCUGUACGCGUCGCACCAGGACUGCGAGAUCAUGUUCCACGUGUCGACGAUGCUGCCCUUCACGCCGAACAACCGGCAGCAGCUACUGCGCAAGCGUCACAUCGGCAACGACAUCGUGACGAUCGUGUUCCAGGAACCCGGUGCGGCCCCCUUCACGCCGAAAAACAUCCGGAGCCAGUUCCAGCACGUGUUUAUUAUUGUUCGCGCGGUCAACCCCUGUUCCGAGCACACUCAGUACCGGGUAGCCGUGUCUCGCUCGAAGGAUGUACCGGUGUUUGGACCGCCGGUACGUGCCGGUUCGCACUACCCAAGGGGCAAGCAGUUUGCCGAGUUUCUCCUGUCGAAGGUAAUCAACGCGGAAAAUGCGGCCCAUCGAUCGGUGAAGUUUGCGAUGAUGGCUAUUCGGACGCGCCAGGAGUACCUUAAAGACCUGGCCACUAACUACAGCACGGCGACUGUGGUCGACACCGGACAACGAUUCUCGAUCUUCCCGAGCAAAAAACGGGAGCGCACGAGUAAACCGCGCUUCUCCGGUGAUCUGUCCCAGCGGGGAGCGUUCUGUUGGCAAGUGGUCCUGCACGACAGUGGCCAAUCGACACAGGUCGACUGCUUCCUUGGCAUCUCGGCGGAAACGUUCGUACUGAUCGAAGAGUGUACCCGACAGAUAAUCUUCGUGACACCGUGCAAGGCAAUCCUCGGUUGGUCGACGAGUCAGAACUCAUUGCGGGUGUACUACCAUCAAGGCGAGUGCGUGACGUUAAACAUGCGCGAUACGGGCGACCGAGACGAGCAGCUGGAGGUGAUCGAGCGGCUACGGGCGGUGACGAAUGGAUGCGGUGCGCUCGAGCUGAGCCUACGCCGGAAUCCGAUGGGUCAGCUUGGGUUCCACGUGCAACCGGACGGCGUUGUGACGCAGGUGGAAAUCUCUGGCCAGGCGUGGGCGGCCGGGCUGAGGCAAGGCUACCGAUUGGUGGAGAUUUGCAAGGUGGCGGUGGCGACCCUGUCGCACGAUCAGAUGGUGGAUCUACUGAAGACCUCGGCGCAGGUGACGGUAACGGUGAUCGAGUCGUUUGCCGACUUUACGCCUCGGCGUGGAUGCACACUGCAAAACUGUCGCUUCAAUUCGAUGAACUACGAAAGCGAGUAUGACAGCAUGCUGGUGGAAGGUGGUGGCGGAAAGAAUGGUAGCGGUGGUGUCGGCGGAAGUGGUAGCAGUAAGAAGGUGCUACCCGGGGGACAGCUUCAAUCAUCGGCAAGCCACCGACGUCGAUACGAGCGGAAUUUUUCUCCACCACGAUCGAGCAAUAGCUCGGGAUACGGAACUGGUAGCAGCAGUCGUUCUUUUACGGCGCCCGUGGUAAACCCUGGUGCUGGCAGUGGCCAACCUGUUACCCCCGUCGCUUCCGGCGGUGGUGUCGAACAGCAGCAGCAGCAGCAGCGUUACGCGACGGACAUGGGGAUGGGCACGUUAACCUCUUCUUCAAGUGGACAUUCGUCGAACGAUGAACGUUGGUACGAUGUGCUGGAUCCGCCCCAGGAAGCGUCUUCAAUGAUGGCUCCACCACCGCCACCAUCGGAUCCCGCCGGUAACUACCAUCAUCCAAAGUUGACCGCUUCGAGCAACUCUCUACCAUUGGCGGGUUCUACUCCGAGGCCACUAUCCCUUCACAACGAAGUUCGAAAUACAUCACACCAGGCGAACGGAUCGGCCGCAGGUCGAUCGGAUACAUCGGCCAACAUUGCUCUGCUGAAGCGGCUGAUUAUUGCUGAUGCAAUGGGAAACGGUACCGAUGGAGGAUCAAUGGCACACCAACAACAACACCAACAACAGCAGCAGCAUCAAUCGAUGGGUCCGCCAGGAAAUGGCCACCCAGAACCCCUGUACAGUAGUUCGCUAAAGAACCUCUCCAACCACCAUCUGAGUGCGACGGAGGAGGAAGAUCUCUCUCGACACAAUUCACCACAGCUGCGGCGAUCGGCCACCACGACGAACAUUUACGGGAUCAACGGCAAGAAGGCUCCCACCUCGGGAAGUAGUGCAUCUAGUAGUCGAAACAAUAGCCCACGACCGAACGCGAACGGGGAAACGAAGCUGCGAAGUGGAGCCUUGAAAGGUGGCCAGCAUCAUCCGCAGCGAAACAGCGUCAACUAUACGGGCAGCACGCUGCAGGAGGAUUUGAUGAAGCUGAUCAACCCGGACUACAUUGCAAACGAUGACAACUUUAACGCCGGCGGUAUGGAGCGCAUGCAGAAGGGUCAUCAUAACAGUCACAGUUUGGGCAACAUCGCCGCCAGCUUGGGCGGUGGACUGAAACCGAUUCCCCAGAAGAGUCGCUCACGGGAAGCAAUGAAUCAUCUCGGUUCGAAUCAGCAACUAUCGGGAGCUGGCGGUGGUGGUGGUGCCGGACUGAAGCUUGCCAAUGGUGGCAUAAAUGGAGGAGGUUCCAGCAGCCCUGCCAGCAACGGUAGCAACAGUAACGGUGGUGGUGGGAUGGCAUCGGGUGAAGAGGAUGUAAUCUUCACCACGGCUCGCCCAGCAACUGUGAUCUCGUCGACGACAUCGAAUAGCUCCAGUCCGGCCAGUGAGCUUCUAAUGGGGAAGCACCAUCUCAACGAGGAUCACCUGAAAAUGUCCCCGAGUCGGAAGCAACAAUCUCCAUAUACUAACGGUGGUGGUAUACUGAAGAACGGUGUGCCAUCACCAGCCCAGAAUGGAACGGCGACGAAUGGUGGCGGCAGUGGUGGUGGGAAAAUUCCGCUACCCGAUAUGAAGGAGAUGGACUGGAGCAGUUUAGUCGAUACGGCAACCAAAGCAAUGACACAGUUUUCCGAAACCGUGGCCAAAUCGCAACAUCCCGGAAGUAACGUUUACUACGACGACAUCAGUCAAGUGUUGAACGGGGUCCAUCAUCAUCAACAGCAGCAGCAGCAGCAACAGCAGCAACAGCAAGCGCAACAGAUGCAACAACAUCAAACUCAACAGCUACAGCAGAUGGCUCCGGGUGCGACGAACGGCGGUGGUAUCCCGAACGGAGUUGCUUCCGGUAGCAGCAUCAGUGGGACGGGCAGCAGCAUCGGAAGCGGUGCUGAUCUUUCCUCCACCCCCAGCUCUGCUUCGCCCGUGUCAACAGGCAGUAGCAGUGCUCAGCAUCAGGUCCUAAUGGCCCUCCAGAACAGCUCCAGCCUACCGGAACUGCAAAGCCAAGUGAGCCAACUGUCGGACCGGGUGCUGCGCGAACAGCGGCGCCGUCGAUCGCUCGAACACGCCGUCCGGCGACUGACGGAGGAAAAUCGGCGCCUGCAGGACGAAAGCCAGGCGGCCGUGCAGCAACUGAGACGGUUUACCGAGUGGUUCUUCCAGACUAUUGACCGUCAAUCCUGAGCGAACGAUGGAGAAGAAAAAACACACACUAUAAGAGUAUCUUCCAAAGCGUGAUGAUCUUAUUGGAAACGAAAAUUUCCUUCCGUUUUUUUGCAUAUGAAUGACCAAAAAUUAUGUACGCAGCAAUAAUAUGCAAGCGCCAGCCACGCAAAAACACACACAGGCAUAAGCACUGCACUCUACAAGUUUACACCUACGAGAGGUUAUUUAGGACGAUUAGGAUUUAGGGGAGAGCACCAGUAUAAAAGUUAAACAUUGAUAUACACACACACACGUUUACUACCGUUUUUUGCUAAUAUAACUCUUAUAGUACGAUUGUAAUCGAACUGUUUAUAUCGACAUUUAUACCCGUUCCCUUUUGUGACGCGAGGUGAACGUAGCUGCUUGAGUAUUGUGUCUUUUUGCCGACGAUUUUUUAACACGGACAAAGACUCAAAGGGUCGCGCGAGCAAAUUUACACACAAUUUAUACACUACGACGACGAUGAUGAUGGCAAACACCAAUUUAACUCUAGCAUGUAGCGAUAUACAAAACACACGCAGGAUGCGGAUUUAAAGCAAUUAGAAUAUCGCCUACGUUUUUCACGAUAAAAGAGCGGGCGUACGCGUUAAAGACAAAUAAUAUGCCAAAAAUGCCUCUUCUUCAAUACGUUACUUCUCUGUAUGUUUCAUUGUGUAGCUGUGUAGGGAUGCGGUGUGUUAUGAACUUUAAUUUAUAACUUUUUCCUUUCGCCUGUGCCGCGCCACGAUUUCGGCAUGCCCAACAACUAGGGACACGGUCUCUGGACAAUUGAGUUGAAAGUGGGGCGAAAAUGUGGCCUGAGAAAGAAUUCCAGUGCUUGUAUCAUUUCUUUUUCUUACCCUGUUCGAGGUUUUGUAGUGUUACGGAUAAAAUUGUAAGAAUUACUUUGUAAGACAAACGAGAAAGCACCAAACCUUUUGAAAGCCCACGCGCUUACGUGGCCAAUUCUGUAUUAUUAUUAUUAUUAUAACUAUUAUACAUCUACUCAUCGUUCCUUUCCUUUUCAAUGUUACUCACGUAAGCCUCGGUUAACGACGAAGGUACUGAAAGCGCAGAAUUUAUUUCCGUCUUGUAAUCAAAAAGUUCAGCUUCCGAAUCGAAAUAGGAAGGAAGGUAAAAUGUGACACGCGAAAGGCGGACGUAGUGGAUAGGAAUCCUGUUUGCAUCUCUUAAUUUAUGGGUAAACCAACAGCAUGACUUACGACGCUAUUAAAUGUUCUUGUUAUAAUCAGUAGGCGAUAAGCAAUAAACACUUGCUGGAUCUUUGAAGCAAAAUAAAAUAAAACGUUACA